GUACGAUAUUCUGCGCAAAUUACAAGUAGACACGACCAGCACGAAUUUGAUUAGGUGCUGAUCCCAAUUCAGUGUCAUGGAAAGCGUGACUUCUUGUGUUCUGUGGUUUUGUGGGUCAAUGUGUUUUUUAGAGCCGAGUGUUUUUUGGACAACAGCAGAGCAUAUUUGAGGGAUUGCUUCUUGCAUGGAGCACAAUAGAGAAUAGGCGAGAGUAAGAGCGGAGAACAAAUAUUGCAUAUCUAGCCACACAGGAGAGACCGCGCGAUACAGACACAGUGAAUGUUUAUUUCACUGAUGGUAGUGAUGAGAAUGAUUCAUUUUCUACUUCAUCAAGGUUCUUCUGCUAAUGAAGAUGGGUAACAAUAACAACUAGUGCAGGGCAAAACAAUAUUUCUGGUUAGCCGUUCUCAGAGAUUAGUCAUUACUUUCUUGCGCAAGCUCUGCAAUGUAAGGGUCUUUUGACUUGUUAUGUUGUUAGUAUUUGAUGUUGAUACAACUGUUUCAAAAAAAAGGAUUCUACGGAGUUCUACUGAAAGAUUGCUACUUGUAUGUCGUCGGAUAGGGGGUAGUCUUCGAAAAACAUUGUCCUUUCUAGUACUGUAAUAAUUGUAAUCUUCACAGUUACAGCAUCGAUAGUCUUCAAACAAUUUAUGAGAAUCACAAUGUUGCGUCUGUCUUCACGAGUGCUGUUUCUUUCCUCCGUGUCUCUCUUUCCCGUGACGUUUGUCUCGGCGAUAGAGCCAGAGGACGCGGAUGACGAGGCCCCGCCGCCUCCCCCAGACGAGCCACCGGUGAAGGAGGAAGCACCGCCGCCGCCUCCCCCUACUACUCCAGCGCCUCCUCCACCUCCACCACCUCCACCGGCGGUAGAGGAGGAAAACAAAGAGGAAAUCAAAAUCAUCGACAAAUUAAGCCAGGCUUCGAGGGAAGAUGAUAAGGUCAAGGUAUUUCGUGUUAUGUUCUUAGUCUUGACAAUGAACGCGCUACGAGGUUUGUUUACUGUACCACGUCGAAUCAUGUGCAUUUGAUUACGUAUAUGAACAUCUGUAUUUCGCUUCAGGUUCCCGUGUACUUUUCAAGAACUUCAUCUCCGAGAAAAAAUUAUCACACAAGGAAUCUGAUCUAUCGACUGUUCAUGGUUGAAAAAUCAACUUUAGCUUCGUCGUUUGCUUUCUGAAAAAGUCGAGAAGAACAACAAGAUGACAGCUGCCGGUCAUCACUGGAUGCUCGGCUCAUGGCUCUACGGCGACUUGGCGCAUGGGGUGAUUCAUGAAGAUCAUUUAACGGCCCACGGUUGCGCCGAUCAUUGGUACAACUUCUAAGAUCUUCUGGCAAGAAAACCAAUUCGAAUCCUACCAGCAAAGUCGUCUUUCACUUUAUCAGUUUUCUCCUUGACGUCUUGUCUAUAGAGUCUAGUACAAAAUUCGAUGACAUAUGAAAACCAUAAGUUAUUUGAAAACUCACUGGGAUAUCCAACGGGAUUCAAGAUUGUUCUGAGUAUCUGUUCCUACAACAGCGAAGCAAAUCCAGAAUGUUACCACUGGGUCUACUAUCUGGACAACGGACGCUGUGAUCUGAAGGUGAACGGCGGAGGGCACAAUGCGGACGUGGACCACAUGAUCGUUGGACAUGCGAAGAGGUACCUCGCCCUGCCGAAAACCACGCCGAAAGGCAGCGACAACGAGUUGUAACCGUCUCUUUUAUGCCGAAAUAGAACUGAAUCUGGAUAACCACGAUGAAAUAUAUUCUUUUACAUGAUUGACACAAGUAGUGUCAAAGAAGUGUGGGGGUGACAGAACUUCAUCUAAGAUAGAGAUUUAAACGACUUGAACUGCAUUAACAACAAGUUACAAGCCAAGAAAAAACGCACUGUUGAAUUGCUCAUCAUAAUGUGCGUUUCUUUGCGAAGACAGAUGGAGCAAGAAGAUUGAAAUUUCCCCGCGUGGAAUGUUACCAGGAUGUUAUGCUUAGAUUUCGAGAAGUAUUACCCACAUGUCGAUGUCAUUGUGAAUAUGAUGAUUCCUUUCAUUUUACAAUCUCGAUAUUGAAUCCUUUCGUGUAUCGCAACAAAACCGCUGCUGUAGAAAGAAUCCGGUAGCCGCGGCUCUGUCGUGGAUAGAUGCUUUUAUCCUGUAUUGGCCAUGUUGCCCUGACGUGCCUCGAUGCCUUGACGGUGCCCGCAUCAGUCUUUGCUCGCGCCACAGCAAGUAUCACUCGAUCAUGUUGAAGGUAAUUGAUUCAUAAGACUGAGAUAUCUCAGAUGGACUGAUUGAUAUCUCAGACAGGGCCUUCGGAUGCGCAGGCAUAAGAUUGAUGAGCACGAUCAAAAAAUUUUAAUCCUUUCCAACAUCUCAAAUGCUUGAAAGCUUGUUGUAAACAAAAGUCGAUCUGCAUGAAGAUGGAUCAACUAUAUCGGAUAU